CAACGCAACUAAUAUUAUUACAAUUACUAGAACGAAAUCAACGCGUUGAACUCUAUUUUAUGGUAAAACGUUCGCGUUUUGGAUAGUUGCAUAUUUUUCUUUUCCAUUGUUUGCCGCCAAGUUUUUUUUCCCCGUAAGCGUUUCACCGCACUUGGCGAACCGUUUUACGAACAAAUAUUGCCACCCGACAAACACAUCACGAUGAUUUUGGGACGUCAAAACCGCCAGUUGACGGCGUUGUCCAACAGUAUCAGGAUAUGUAGAUGUUUGAAAUCCACGUCUCCGAGCAUUCGUCAGUACGGCGCGAAGAGGUCCUACAGCCAGCUCUCGAGCAUGCAGCUGGACUUGAAGCGCGCUUUACAGGCGACCGACACACAGUAUAGCGGGUUUUCAGACAGGUCGCAACUGAAAUACGCUCGUCGUCUGGUCGUGAAAUUGGGCAGUGCGGUUAUCACUAGAGAAGAUGAACACGGUAUCGCUCUCGGUCGACUGGCUUCCAUCGUCGAACAAGUAGCCGAAUGUCAUUUAGAAGGCCGCGAGUGCAUAAUGGUUACCAGCGGAGCUGUAGCUUUUGGAAAGCAAAAGCUCACCCAAGAGUUGCUCAUGUCGAUGAGCAUGCGAGAGACCCUAUCUCCAAGCGAUGCUACCAGGAAAGGGGUUACCACCAGUUUGGAAGCUAGAGCAGCUGCUGCCGUCGGUCAGUCGGGUCUUAUGUCCUUAUACGAUGCCAUGUUUUCGCAGUAUGGCGUUAAGAUAGCCCAAGUGCUGGUCACUAAACCUGAUUUUUACAACGACGAAACUCGCAAGAAUCUUUUCAGCACACUUUCUGAGCUGAUCAGCCUCAAUAUCGUGCCAAUCAUUAACACCAACGACGCGGUGACGCCACCGCCACAAGACGACAACCUGGUCAAGUCCAAAGGAAAAAAGAUUGGUAUUGGAUGUUCACAGGUAAUUAGCAUCAAGGACAACGACAGUCUGGCAGCAAUGUUGGCCGCUGAAGUCAAAGCGGACUUGUUGGUGCUAAUGUCCGACGUGGACGGUAUUUACACACUACCGCCUAAACAAGAAGGCGCCAAAAUGAUAUGGACCUACAACAGCGACAUGGCCGACAUAAUUCAGUUCGGCAAGAAAUCGACCGUGGGCACAGGUGGUAUGGACUCCAAGGUGCAAGCGGCCACGUGGGCGCUUAAUAAAGGCGUCAGUGUAGUCAUCUGUAACGGCAUGCAAGAAAAAGCAAUAAAAUCCAUUGUGGCAGGUAGAAAAAUUGGCACGUUCUUUACAAACGCUCCUACAACCGGCACAGCGCCCGUCGAAGUUUUAGCCGAAAACGCGCGCCAUGGUAGUCGAGUUUUGCAAAAACUACCGCCCGAAGACAGGGCCAAGGCUAUUUACAAUUUAGCCGAUUUGUUGAUAAGCAAACAAGCGACUAUUUUGGACGCUAACCAUAAAGACGUUGCGAUCGCAAUCAAAGAAAAGACGGCCGCUCCGCUCGUCAGUCGUUUGUCUUUAACCCCAGAAAAAUUGAAAAGCUUGGCCGUUGGAUUGAAACAAAUCGCCGCAUCAAGUCUUACCAACGUCGGUAAAGUUUUGAAAAGGACUAAAAUCGCCGACGGUUUGGACUUGACCCAAGUCACCGUACCGAUUGGAGUUUUGCUGGUCAUUUUCGAAUCUCGACCGGAUUGCUUGCCGCAGGUGGCUGCUCUGGCGCUGAGCUCGGCAAAUGGACUUUUAUUAAAAGGAGGCAAAGAGGCGUCGCACAGUAACAAAGCUCUUAUGGAUGUCGUCAAAGAAGCGUUGAGCUCGGUCGGGGCCCAAGACGCUAUAUCUCUGGUGUCUACCAGGGAAGAGAUCAGUGACCUGUUGUCGAUGGAGCAGCACAUCGACCUGAUCAUACCCCGAGGGUCCAGCGACUUGGUGCGCAGCAUCCAGGACCAGAGCGCGCACAUUCCCGUGUUGGGGCACGCCGAGGGCAUUUGCCACGUGUACGUGGACAAAGAAGCUGACCUUGAAAAGGCCCUGACCAUAAUCCGCGACUCCAAAUGCGAUUAUCCGGCCGCCUGCAACGCCAUGGAAACGCUGCUCAUCCACGAGGGACUUUUUGGUGGACCUUUUUUCAAUGACGUCUGCGACAUGCUCAAGCAAGAAGAGGUACAAAUAUUCUCGGGACCCGAGUUGUCGAAACGUUUGACUUUCGGACCUCCCAGAGCCAAGUCGCUGAAACACGAAUACGGUGAGCUAGCGUGCGCCAUUGAACUGGUGUCGGAUUUGGACUCCGCCAUCAACCACAUCCACACUUACGGCAGUGGGCACACCGAAGUCAUUAUUACCGAGAACACCGACGCCGCCGCCAAAUUCCAGAGGGACGUCGACAGUGCCUGCGUGUUCCACAACGCCAGCUCUAGGUUUGCCGAUGGAUUCAGAUUUGGCCUGGGAGCCGAGGUGGGCAUAAGUACGGCCAGAAUCCACGCCCGAGGUCCCGUUGGAGUCGAGGGUCUGCUCACCACCAAGUGGAUACUUAAGGGCGACGGGCACGCGGCCUCGCAGUUUACCGAAGAAGGCGGCAAGACCUACGUGCACGAACACUUGCCCGUCGACCAAUAGCUACCAUUACUACCACAACAGCUCCUUACAAUGCAAACGCCGACACUGUCCGAUAGAAUCUUCAGCGCCGUGAUCGCGUUGUGGGCAAAAGUGUCGUCGACCACACUAAAGCUGCUCCGUGACUGAUUGAUUAACUGUCGGACAUCAAUCAAUUACCUUAAUAUUCACCGAACACCUCAUUCGUCCCUUAUCCCAAAAAGCUCUAGUAAAUUAUUUGUAAAGUCUAUUAUCCGGGCAUAGGUGUAUCCUCGUUUGUAAAUAAAAAAAAAAAAAAACCCCAACCCCCAAUAAUCGUACCAAUUUUAUUAUUACUAUCGUUACUUUCUUUAUUUUUGUUUGCUUGGAUUAAUUUUAUCGACUAUAUUAUAUUCAUCAUAUGCUGUUGUUACAACGCGCGACGCCUACUUGACCAAUUUGUAGGUAUUGCGUUUUUAUUUUUAUUUUUUUCAACAUUAUUAUUUUUUUUAAUAAUAAAUUUCAAUAAUAUCAUUGAAAAAGAUUACCCGCGAA